GUUAACUAUGGAGAAGGUUACAGACCACUAAACAAAAUGUUUAGUGCUGGGAUUAACUGUGGCUAUACGUUUCGAAGCACAGUAUAGUAUUGGUGGGGUUCGUUGUCGACAAAAGUAACGAUGGGGUAUCUGGAAGAUUCUCUGAUCAUAUUAGUUUCCCAGAUUAUUUUCUUUACUGGGGGCUGGGUUUUUUUUGUUAAACAACUUUUCAAAGAUUAUGAGAUUCAUCAUAGAUUGAUUCAGUUAAUAUUUGCUACAACAUUUUCAUUGUCUUGCACCAUGUUUGAGUUAAUUAUAUUUGAAAUAAUUGGGAUAUUAGAUUCCAGAUCAAGAUAUUUUCAUUGGAUUGUUGGACUUUACCUCAUAUUAUUCAUGCUCAUUGUUGCUAUUCCAUUUUAUAUCGGUUACUAUAUCCUUAUUAAUAUCCGAUUUGUUUCAGUGAAAAUGAUUAGAUCCCUAACUGUAGCAAUAUGGCUUAUUUUUAUUUACUUUUUUUGGAAAAUUGGAGAUCCUUUUCCAUUACUGAGUCCUAAACAAGGAAUUCUUUCAAUUGAACAAGCCAUUAGUAGAGUUGGUGUGAUUGGAGUUACUGUAAUGGCUCUCCUUUCAGGAUUUGGUGCAGUAAACUAUCCAUAUACUUCAAUGGCUUAUUUUAUGAGAAAUGUUACACCUACUGAUGUACUAAAUAUAGAAAAGCGAUUAAUGCAAACUAUGGAUAUGAUUCUAGCUAAGAAAAAAAGAAUCGCAUUAUCUAAAAGAGGAAGUAAAGCAGGAUUUACAUUAGGUGCAACCCAAGGAAUCUGGAACAUGUUGAGAUCAGGGAAAGAUUCUGAUAAUGUGUGGCAGUUAAAGCAAGAAUCAAGUGCUCUUGAAGAACUUAGCAGACAACUGUUCUUAGAAGCUCACGAAGCCAGAGAAAUGCAGGCUAGAAUAGAAUGGGCUAAAACUUGGAGGGGGAAAUAUUUCAAUUGUCUAGGAUAUUUUUUUUCCAUCUAUUGUUUAUGGAAAAUAUUUAUUUCUACGGUGAAUAUAGUGUUUGAUAGAGUUGGAAAGAAAGACCCUGUCACACGAGGGAUGGAAAUAGUUGUACAUUGGUUAGGCAUGAAUAUUGAUGUUGCAUUCUGGUCACAGCAUAUAUCAUUCUUCCUUGUCGGUUGCAUUGUCAUCACAUCUAUAAGAGGACUACUUCUUACCCUCACUAAAUUCUUCUAUGCCAUCUCGAGCAGUAAAUCUUCCAAUAUCAUUGUUCUUAUACUCGCACAAAUUAUGGGGAUGCAUUUUGUGUCAUCAGUUUUACUAAUGAGGAUGAAUAUGCCACCUGAAUACCGGAUGAUAAUUACUCAAGUUCUAGGAGACUUACAAUUCAAUUUUUAUCAUCGGUGGUUUGAUGUUAUUUUUUUAGUUAGUGCUCUAUCUUCCAUUGCUUUUCUUUAUUUCGCCCAUAAACAAGUUCCAAUAGAGAAAGCUUGAAGAAUUAUACUAUCAUUAGUAUUGUAUAUAAAUGAUAUGUAUGUAUUGUUUACAUCAAAUUGUAAUUAUAUAACUGUAUAUAUUGUACAUAACAUAUUUAUAUUUUGUAAAUAUAAAUUAAUAUUUCAAUUAUAUACCUUAACUUGCUCCAAGUUUAUCUUUUUAUCCUUACACUAAAUUCUUAGUUUUGCAACAAGCCACCAAUAUUUUCAAGUAAAAUGAAAUACCCCAACCUUAAUUUUAUUUUCUAUUAAUUAUUGGGAAUAGUUCUAUAUAAGUUUACAUCAAAUUGUAAUUAUA